AAUAAACAAGCUCGCCUGACCACUGUGGAGAGAGUCUGCUGAGGCCAGAAAAGCAGAGCAGAGCUGACGGGGCAAAAGAGAACCAGAGCGCGUUGGAGUUUGGGGACUUGGAGCUCUCGCAAGAAGAGAACAAGCAGAACAAACUCUCCUCUCAACUCUCUGGGCUGAACUCUGAUUCAACUUCGACUGACGAGGCUGAAGAAGACUGACAACAAGACAUGAGGAUCUUCAGCAAGAACCUCCGCCUCCAGGACGUCACCAUCAUGUACCUCACCGGCCUGGCUGCUCUGAUGGUCAUCUUGGUAGCUUCGUAUCAGGCGCCUGGCAAUGCUGUGGAAGUGACCGACCUGCAGACCCCCUCCAGCCGUCUCCCUCCUCUCCCCAUGCCCUUCCGCGUGCCCCUCGACCCACGCGGGGAGCUCCAGCUGGCCUGGAACGUCAGCUACGCCAACCAGGAGGUUUACAUGGAGCUGAGGGUGGCAGAGCUUAAAAACGGCGUGGUGCUGGGGAUGUCGGACCGCGGGGAGCUGACCAACGCCGACCUGGUGGUGCUGUGGAACACAGGAACUAAAAGCUUCUUUGGGGACGCGUGGAGCGACAGCCAGGGCCACGUUUCAUUGGACAGCCAGCAAGACUACGAGCUGAUCAAAGCCGUGCAGAAACCUGACGGAUACUACCUGCUCUUUAAAAGACCGUUCAGUACCUGUGAUCCCAGAGACUAUCUCAUAGAGGAAGGAACUGUGCACAUCAUCUAUGGCUUCCUGGACCAACCACUCACCUCUCUGGAGCAGCUGAACCUGUCCCGGAUCCACACCGGGCUACAGAGAGUGCUGAUGCUGCGGCCCGACACGCCCUCACCCACACUGCCUCCAGAUGUGCGGACGCUGGAGGUCCUGGCGCCGAACGUCAUCAUACCGAGUCAAGAGACCACCUACUGGUGCUUCAUACAGAAGCUGCCUGAAAACAUGCCCAAGAACCACAUUGUUAUGUAUGAGUCAGUGAUAACUCCAGGUAACGAGGCCAUCGUGCAUCACAUGGAAGUGUUUGAAUGUUCACCGGAUGUCCGCGAUGUUCCCGACUACAGCGGCUCCUGCGAUGACAAGAUGAAGCCGGGCAAGCUCAACUUCUGCCGCCACGUGCUGGCUGCAUGGGCCAUGGGUGCUGAGGCCUUCUACUAUCCUCCCGAUGCAGGGCUACCUAUGGGUGGACCAGGUUCCUCAAGGUUCCUUCGUCUGGAGGUCCACUACCACAACCCUCUCCUUAUAUCUGGCCAUCGUGACUCAUCAGGGAUUCGGUUGCAUUACACCCCCAGUCUCAGGCGGUAUGAUGCAGGGAUUAUGGAGCUGGGCCUCGUUUAUACUCCUGUCAUGGCCAUCCCACCUAAACAACACACCUUCUACCUCAGUGGAUACUGCACCUCCAAGUGUACCCAGACUGCCCUGCCGCCGGGAGGAAUCUAUAUAUUUGCAUCACAGCUGCACACCCACCUGGCGGGCCGUGGGGUGAGGACAGUUUUGGUGAGGGGAGGCAAGGAGCUGGAGGUGGUCCAGGAGGACCAGCACUUCAGCACUCACUACCAGACAAUCCGGGUUCUGAGGAAAAUGGUGAACGUUUUACCCGGCGACGUCCUCAUAACAAAGUGCACUUACAACACGGAGGACAGGAGCAAGCCCACAGUGGGAGGUUUUGGCAUCAUGGAGGAAAUGUGUGUUAACUACAUUCACUACUACCCUCGAACUAAGCUGGAGCUCUGCAAAACCCACGUCGACACGGGAUACCUGCAGAAAUACUUCAGCUUCAUUAACAGGUUCCACGGAAACGACCGGUGUGUGUGUGGUGAUGUUAGUGUGACGGAGCAGUAUUCUCAGAUACAGUGGGACACAUUCGCUGGAGAGGUGCUGGACUCCCUUUACAAUACGGCCCCUGUGUCCAUGCACUGCAACCAGUCAACUGCACGCCUUUUUCCUGGGGACUGGGACAAACAGCCUGUACCGGUGGUUACCUCCAUCCUUGAAAAACCUCGCUACCCCUGCGAGGGAGGAGCGCCUCCCACCAGCCAACCUCUCACACCCACGGUCUGAGUGAAGUGUUGGGGGGGGCAUUACGGCGUGCUUCAGCCCAGGGAGACAGCACCGAAUCUGGGGAAAAAGUUAAAGAAGCUUGCAGAAUCUUACAUGAUUUUCAUCUCUGCGUUUGGGGGGACAGACGACAUUCUCCAUUCGGUUUUCUGACACCUGCUGUAAUUAUAUGCUUACAUAAACUGUAAAUCCACUGUCUGUGUUAAUACGAGUGCACACAUUUGUCAUGUUUUAAAGCAUUGGACGAGGGUGUGAAGUCUGACACCAUCAGGACUGAUCAGGAUGUUAUGCACCAAACGAAAACAAGUGUGACUAACUAAUUGGCGCUGGGGACCAAAAUGCAGUUGCUGAUUUGUCCAUUCCUUCUAAUUUAUUGUGUGCCCCAUUAUUUUGAUCAUCUCUAACAAGCAUCAUUAAGGCGGUAAGAAAUAUUACUAUGUCAUUUGAAGGAAUCAUUUCUCAUUUCAGUAUGUAAUGGACAUUUGUUAAUGACGGUGGAAAAGAAAAGAAAAAAAUCUUGGUAUGGCAGAGUUAGGGUUUGUGGCACAACUUCACCAAAUUCCAGGGUGGAAAAAAGUUUAAAGAGGUCAAACUUUAGCAGCACUUGUCAUAUACAGAAGAACUCGAGAACCAAUGUGUUGAGGCUUGCGGCUGUCAGGAUCAUCAUUAAAAAUGUUAAGAAAAACAUUGAAUGAGGGUAGGAAGAAAGAAAUACAUCCAAAAGACAACCAGUCAUAUAGAGGGCAUACACAUAUCCUUCAAAGAAGUACCUUCAUAUGUGGCUUGGUUAAAUUAAAGGUGCAAUAUGUAAGACUUGUCAAACCUGUUGAAUUAAUACUCAAAACAAACAGAGGGGAACAUAUCACCAGAGUAACUGCUAACCUGCUGCUUCCAGCACUAGCACAAGACCUUGAGACAGGAAUGGGCAGUGUCGGAUGAGGGACAAGGGUCACGCCAUAUUUGGUCCAUAAGUUAGAGAGAUGGUCUUCAAGUUUGUGCAGAAGAGGCCUUAACCAAAAUGUGCCCAUUUAAUGUAAACUCAUACACACAACACCUUCAUAAAAAUAUAGUUUAUAAAGUGCUACGUACAGUAAGAGUAGAAAGAGCAACAAGAUUCAUCGUACACUGCUACUUAUUUCCCUCUGUGCUGCUGUGUUACCAGCAAAUUUCUCCCAAAGGGGAUCGAUAAAGGAACAUCUUUGAGUUUAUCUUUAAGCCAUACAUAAAAAUACAUAAUUAAAUAAAUGAUAAUAAAACAUAAAUGAGAGAAGAUCAACCUCUAUAAACUUCAUUAAAAGGUCCUCAUUCGUGCACAUAAACUUCACUUGAAAUAAAAUAGAAAAUCCAAAACACGUUGGUUUUACAAUAAACUGCUGCUCGAGCUUUGACCUCUUUAGAAAGAGAAAAUAUAUAUUCAGAGUUACUAAAAAAUCUAUGUAAUUGUCAUUGAUCACCUUUAUAAUUUACCACUGUACUUUUUUUCCUACAUG